UCUCAUUGUAUCAACAUUCGAUUUUGUGUAAAUAAGUCACUACAGUUAAAACAAUUUUCGAAAUCCGUUCGAAUUGGGAACAUCGUAACGCCCAAUCUUCAAGCAAUGAGGGGCGAUAAAGUCUUCCUGUGCUGUGCACUGUUUCUGUCCACUUACAUCGCGUUUACGCUCAGUCUAGUCACAACUCCCGCGCCGUCAACGAAGCCCGUAACUCCAACAAAACCGGGAAGUCCAACAACACCAGGAUCAGGAACGCCCUCAAAACCACCGCCUAUUCCAACGGAUCCUAACACUUUGCACUGCACCGUGUACAACUUGACCUUGAAGCUGACGAACACUACCUAUGACGAUAAUCUAGCUACUGCGCACACUGGUCAAUUCAACAAACUUAGAAUGGACUUUGAAGUCGGAGUUUUGCAAGUGUACGAUGGAUACAAGCUCUUCGUCGGCGUCACCACUCUGAGAUUCAGCAAAGCCUCUGACGGUAAGACCAUCGUGCACUUCUGUGUCGAGUUCAAAGAGAAUGGAACUCAUCUUGCAAACUUGACCAAGGCAAUAGCCACUGGCAAGCUGGGCAAGCUUACUCCCGUUUCUGUUGCGCCCAAGCUGGGACAGGCAGCAUGCUUCAAGGCACCAGCUCCACCAGUCUGCCCAGUACCCUGCCCAUCAGCUUGCGCUCCAUCCUGUUAUGACACCUGCUGCCAACAGGGGUACCAACAGCAACAGGUCUAUUACCCUCCCCCACCUGCUCCUUACCCGGCCACGUGCCCCAAUAGCUGCCCCAGUACUUGUGCACCUACCGGCUGCACUCCGGCUUGUUGCAACACCGUGUACAAUCAGUCGCCUUACCCCUACGGGAAACGCCAUCACGCCCCUAAACCAGAGAAGGGAACGAAGAAACACCAUAUCUUCCGUAAACACCACAGAAAGAACUAAAAAUUUCAGGAAUGGAAAAGAAUCAGGGAACAGGGAGAACGGAACGUUUUAGUUUGUUGUUCAGUUUUAUCUGCAUACGGGAGCACUUCACGCGUCCGAAACAGUAACUAUAUCGCGACAACUGCCUUACAAGGAACGACUUACCUAAUCACCGGGAGCAGACAAUUAGUGCAAGAUCUCUGUAUCGGUUUAAACAUGAUGAAUUCCCGUCAAUACUCUACAAACAGAUAUUUCCAGUGAAAUCAAUAAAACAAUGAAUAUUUAGAUGCUUAUCAAAGCAUCUUGUAGUGAUUUUAAAGAUGAUUCAAAUGAAAUAUAGUACAGUGACAAUAGGACAUUUGUUUACAAAAACACAGAACACUACAUGAAUACAAUCCUAUGAAUUAAUCUAACCACAGAAAAGCCUGGCUGGAUGGCACUGGAUAGCUUUUCUGUGAUAAAAACCGACUGUUUACGCAAGGUUCUGCUAUGACGGGUUAAUUAUUUAACGUUUAAUUUUGUGAUAUUUGUUAUGUGGUUAAGGCUGCAAAUACUGUAGUUUUCGUUUAUUUUAAGCAUUGUAAAUAAGACAUGUGCAGUGAGGUCAUGACUGAGAAUAAACACUGUUCUAAAAUUUCA